GCUGGCCGCAUGCUCAGUGCUGAGACGUUCGCGUAUGUCCUGUGCGCGUUCCCGGUUUGGAGAGGUCCGUGCCAUGUCCACCCGCCUCGGGGAAAAGGUGCUUUGUUUCUCAAAGCUAUAAUUCAAGAAAACUGACUAAAUGUAUCGAUGAGCGAUCAGCCAUAAAGGCCAAGCCCAGACAACCAGAACCCUGGUCUGAUCAGAACCCCAUUCUCUCCCCCUGUUGCCGACUGCCGACGCCCUGGGACCCGUCGUCGCCAUGGAGACGGUGGUGAUCGUGGCCAUUGGGGUGCUGGCCACCAUCUUCCUGGCCUCCUUCAUUGCCCUGGUGGUGGUGUGUCGACACCGCUACUGCCACCCCCACCACCUGCUGCACCACUUCAACUCCAAGUCCAAUGGACUGACCUGCUGGUUUGAAGCUAUAAAUCUAUGGAUUGAACAGAGCGACUUCACAGCACUAAGACCCAAUGUUGACCUGAUCGGUGCCAUGGAAACCCAGAGUGAGCCGUCUGAGCUGGAGCUGGACGACGUGGUCAUCACCAACCCUCACAUCGAGGCCAUCCUGGAGAACGAGGACUGGAUCGAGGACGCCUCUGGCUUGGUUUCGCAUUGUAUAUCCAUCUUAAAGAUCUGCCACACCCUGACUGAAAAGCUGGUUGCCAUGACAAUGGGCUCAGGCGCUAAGGUGAAAGCCCCAGCCAGCCUCAGUGACAUCAUCACGGUGGCUAAACGCAUCAGUCCGAGGGUGGAUGACGUUGUGCGAUCUAUGUACCCUCCACUGGACCCCAUACUCCUGGAUGCCAGGGCCACCGCCCUCCUUCUGUCAGUCAGUCACCUGGUGCUGGUGACCCGCAACGCCUGUCACAUGUCUGGCAGCAUGGACUGGAUCGACCAAUCACUGCAUGCCGCUGAGGAUCACAUGGUGGUGCUGCGGGAGGCGGCGCUAGCGUCCGAACCGGAACGGAGUCUACCUGGAAUAGACGUGCAGAGAGAGCAGGCCAUCUAGAACACACAGACACGUACAUACACACACGCAUACACUCCUUCUCUAUACAUUAUACACAUCUCGGGCACAUUCUCACACGUACACAAUGCUUGAUAAACACACAAUAAGAAAACUCAACACAUUCCCACUUUCCCGCUGCCAUUCUGUGCUGAUUUACAUACAGAUGGGUUGCCAGAUAAUAGAAUAGAGCUGAUUUUAGAAACCGAGAGGUGCCAGAUCCUUGUGCUAUUUUCCUCUUGAUCCUUUCACUUUUAUCAUGUUUCUGGUUUUGUAUAUAGUCAUGUAUAACCAUAAUGCAUGUUAUGAUUAGGAUCUAUAUAGGUUUUAUGUUACACUCUCAGAUUCAUAUUGUCUUGUAAGUAAAGUGCAGAGCUCACUGAGAUAGGCUUGUGUGUAGUUGUUGCCAUGGACGACUAGCCCCUUGAUAUUCAUUCCUGAGUGUCUUCCAUCUCCCAGUGGUGAGCUGUAAUCUGCCCCGUUAGGAGUGCACAGUCACAUGGAAGCUUAAAUUUAGUCAACUAAUCCAUGUGGAGGGAAAACCCUGGACACCCAAUAGGACCAAAGGCAGGGGAAAUGCAUGCACAUCUACUCAGAGCAAUUCACUCUUACUCAGAGCAAUACACGCUUACUCAGAGCAAUACACUCUUACUCAGAGCAAUACACUCUUACUUAGAGCAAUACACUCUUACUUAGAGCAAUACACUCUUACUUAAAGCAAUACACUCUUACGUAGAGAAAUACACGCUUACUCCGAGCAAUACACUCUUAGUCAGAACAAUACACUCUUAAUCAGAACAAUACACUCUUACUUAGAGCAAUACACUCUUACGUAGAGAAAUACACGCUUACUCAGAGCAAUACACUCUUAGUCAGAACAAUUCAAACUUACUCAGAGCAAUACAUGCUUACUCAGAGCAAUACAUGCUUUCUCAGAGCAAUACACUCUUACUCAGAGCAAUACACUUACUUAGAGAAAUACACACCUACUCAGAGCAAUACAGUUACUUAGAGAAAUACACAACUACUCAGAGCAAUACACACUUACUCAGAGCAAUACACUCUUACUCAGAACAAUACACUCUUACUUAGAGAAAUACAGUCUUACUCAAAGCAAUACACUCUUACUUAGAGAAAUACAGUCUUACUCAGAACAAAACGCUGCUACUUUUUUUUUUUUUGAACCAGAAUCUUUGUGAGCCGUGUCAAAUGAGGUGGAGGUGAAUUUGCGUGCCUUGUGCUGACCGGUGGUGCGAUGUUAUUGGAGCAUGGCUAGCUGCCUCUCCAUGCAUGCCUAAUACCGUAGCUAGAACUGAAACCCAAGAGCAGUAAUCACAGCAUAACCCAGCUUUACACACACACACACUGUCCAGCCCUAACACAGCUCACAGAGCUGCAAACACUGCGCCACACACUCGAGCUUACGGAGCAACUGUAACAGAGCUCACACGCUGCUAACCUAAGGAGCAACUGUACACAGUGAUACACACACUUACGCAAAGAGACACCGUCGAUACUGUAAAUGCACACAAAAGACUUUAUGGGCAAAAGCUUAGAGACAAAUCAGGCGUUUUUUUCCCCACAUGGUCUUUCUGAGAAGACAUGCCUUUUGUGCCUUGUUCCUUCUUAUAAUUCAAGCUCUGAAAUUCAGCCUACGAAAAGACUGCCAGUAGAACUGCAGCUUACAUCAGAUAAGCAGAGCUCUGUGAUGGAACGAUAUUGAUUAGGAUGAAACAUGAAGAAAGUGGCCACUCCUUUAUUUUCCUGGUUUCCGUCGUUUAUUACAAUUGAUUUUUUUGUUGUUGUAUGUAAGCAUGUUUCGUGCUGUUUCCUUACCCCUCCUCUUUUUCAACUUUCUCUUUAUAACCUCCAUUGAUUUGUACAGGUAAAUUAAAGUUUCAUAGGAAAAUG